GUGUGUCAGACUGUGGUCAGGUUCUUCCCUGGUCAGUUAGAUCAGAGGGGAAUGUUUUACAUAAUACACAGCUGCCGUGAGAGAGACUUGCAUCUCCAUGCCUUCUCCAAUGAGAUACAGGUGUCAAAACCUAAUGGACAUGCUAGCUCAUCCCAUCCAUCCAGCUUUCAAAGGGACAGAAUUCAUUCAUUGUCCUGUCUGUAUUGAUUCCCAGUCAGACACAUUUCAUAGUAGCAGCCGUGUUAGUCUGUAUCCGCAAAAAGAACAAGUCUGACACAGAAUCCCUGUUCACCUCCCUUCUUGCAAAUAGCUCCAGCCAUGGCGAGGGCUCUGGGCUCGGCAGGUUUAGAAAUAGACAGAGGUUUAACGCCAGAGCUGGGUGUGUGUCAGCAAGUCUCCCAGAGAGCACAGAUCCUGGGAACUCCUAGUGAGGGUGUAAAAAUUCCCGUCACCUCCCCAGACGCCUGCCUAUCCCGAGGCGGCUCAGUGACCGUGUUUCUGUCCUCUUAGGUUCCGUAUUCCCACCAACACAGCACGGGGACAGGUUCCGUUCCCACAAUGCCCUUUGUGACAGACACUCCCCCAAUGCUCCAUGCGCCCUGUGCGAAGAGUUCAGUCACAGAGACCCCCUUGGGACUGUAACCUGAUGUGCUGAAAUGACCACUGAGCCUGUUCUCCCUGCCAGGUUGGGCCCCCAGUACCCUCUCUUGUUGAACCAGACACGCUAACCUGCUGCAGCACAGAUUCAGGGUCCGGGCUACGCCCCCAAGCUGCACAACUUAACUGAAAAAACAGCACAACAAAUUACCUAUCUCCAGCACUCAGGAUUUCCCAUUCCCAAACCUGAGCUGAUCGCCCAGCUGGAACGAGGGGAAGAGCCCUGGGUGCCUGAUCUCCAGGCCUGCGAAGAAAGGGAGAUCCCGAGAGGCACCCGCACAGGUGAUGAGAGAGUGAGUGAGAAUGAAGAGGAGAAUCAUGAGGCAGAAGUUCCUGGUAAAGUGGAACCACGGGAGACCUUUAUGGGAAGUGCUGCAUGGAAUUUUUCCCAGUGCUUGGAGCAGGGAGAAGCCUGGGAAAAUUGGCAGAGGUCAGAGAGGCUGCUGGGAAACCACCCAGGAAAGAAAGCGGAUGAAUAUAUUAACAGUGGGAGAGGAGACAAGGAUCCCAGAGCGCAGCAGACAAACCCCAAUGAAGAGACACCCAGGGACUGCCUGCAGUGUGGGAAAAGAUUCAUUCUGAGCUCACAGCUUGUAACACAUCAGACAAUCCAUACAGGAGAGAAACCCCUUCAAUGCUUCGACCGUGGGGAAAGCUUCAAUAAUCCCUUAGACCUUAAUAACCAUGGGAGACGCCACACAGAAGAGAAACCCUCUCAAUGCCUUCAGUGUGGGAAAUGUUUCAUUUGGAAGUCAAAACUAAUUACUCAUCAGAGAAUCCACACAAGGGAGAGACCCCAAAAGUGUUUAGUCUGUGGAAAAAGUUUCAUACAGAGGUCAUCCCUUGUUAAACAUCAGGCAAUCCACACAGGAGAGAGACCCCAUAAGUGUUUGGACUGUGGGAAAGGUUUCAUACAGAGGUCAGAUCUUAGAGCACAUCAGAGGAUGCACACAGGAGAGAAACCUCAUAAGUGUUUUGAGUGUGGAAAAGGUUUCACACGGAGAUCACAUCUUAUAGGACAUCAGAGAAUCCACACUGGAGAGAGACCCCAUACGUGCUUGGACUGUGGUAAAAGUUUCAUGCAGAGGUCAUCCCUUGUUAAACAUCAGGUAACCCACACAGGAGAGAGACCCCAUAAGUGUUUAGUCUGUGGAAAAAGUUUCAUACGGAGGUCAGAACUUGUUAAACACCAGAGAUUCCACACAGGAGAGAGACCCCACAAGUGCAUGGACUGUGGGAAAAGUUUCAUACAGAGAUCAGACCUUGAUAAACAUCAGGCAAUCCACACAGGAGAGAGACCCCAUAAGUGUUUGGAAUGUGGAAAAUGUUUCACACACAGAUCACAUCUUAUAGCACAUCAGAGGAUCCACAGUGGAGAGAGACCACAUAAGUGCUUGGAAUGUGGAAAAUGUUUCACACGGAGAUCACAUCUUAUAGGACAUCAGAGAAUCCACACUGGAGAGAGACCCCAUAAGUGCUUGGACUGUGGUAAAAGUUUCAUGCAGAGGUCAGACCUUGAUAAACAUCAGGCAAUCCACACAGGAGAGAGACCCCAUAAGUGUUUAGUCUGUGGAAAAAGUUUCAUACGGAGGUCAGACCUUGAUAAACAUCAGGCAAUCCACACAGGAGAGAGACCCCAUAAGUGCAUGGACUGUGGGAAAAGUUUCAUACAGAGAUCAGACCUUGAUAAACAUCAGGCAAUCCACACAGGAGAGAGACCCCAUAAGUGUUUGGAAUGUGGAAAAUGUUUCACACACAGAUCACAUCUUCUAGCACAUCAGAGGAUCCACACUGGAGAGAGACCACAUAAGUGCUUGGAAUGUGGAAAAUGUUUCACACGGCGAUCACAUCUUUUAGGACAUCAGAGAAUCCACACUGGAGAGAGACCCCAUAAGUGCUUGGACUGUGGGAAAAGUUACACACAGAGAUCACACCUCACUCAACAUGGGAGAAUCCACACAGGAUCGAAACUUCUGUGACUCAUGGCCAGAAACGGUUAAGCAUCUUGCAGGCUAAUUGACCUAGAUUCAGCCUUUAGACACAUGUUAGAAAUGUGUGUAAAUAGAAAUUAGGUCCAUUCCAGAUUAGAUAAGCUAGAGCUCUGAAAUGUAAACUUUUAUGGUUAAAGAACUGGAAGAAGCUAGCAAUUGUAAUAGCCUGUGUUUACUUCUUGUUAGAGGUUAACAGUGUAACCAAAGGGUUCCUGUCUAGGGUUGUAUUUUGUUCAAUCUGAGAAGGAAAGGAAAUAUUAACAUAUAGAUAAAACUUGGGUUUAAUAAUGUCAUUGUCUACAUGUCUCUGUAAAAUUUGUGGUAAACUUUUAAUUGCUUUAUGGAUAUUUAUCUUAUUUUAAUCCAUUUAAUUAAUUACCAGUGAUGUUUAGGAAAUAGGUUACUUGAAAAGCCUAUUGUUCACCUGAUGAAGUGAUUCUGAAACAGACGCUUUGCAAUUUUCAUGCACCAUCUCUAAGUAAAACUGACCUAAGGAUUCUA